AUGACUAACUUUCAUAUAUUACUCUCUUUUCUCUCUCUGCCAUGGCUUCUCAUCAACGUUUCUUGGGCCUCUGCAUCAAAUCAUGAUGUUCUGAAGCAUUAUGUUGUUUAUAUGGGAGCUUCAGAUCCAUCGCUGAAUGGAAACGGAGAUGAUGCUAAAGUUGGAGAAUCUGCUUAUCUGCAAUUAUUGUCUUCCAUUAUAAAACCAAGCAAAGAAAAUUAUGAGAGAAUGUCUAUAAUACACAAUUACAAUCAUGCUUUUAGAGGAUUCUCUGCCAUGCUUACAGAGCUUGAAGCUUCUGUUCUAUCCGAUCAUGAGGAAGUUGUAACGGUAUUGCCCGACACAAUGCUUCAACUCCACACAACACGUUCGUGGGAUUUCUUGGAAGGAAAAGCAGGCAGGCUAUCAACAUGGACUUCUGAUAAGCAUUUGUCCAGUGACGUCAUAAUUGGAAUUAUUGACACAGGGAUAUGGCCGGAGUCUCCAAGUUUUCAUGAUGUGGGAAUGGGGCCAGUCCCUUCCAGAUGGAAAGGGGCUUGCAUGGAGGGAUUCGACUUCAAAAAAUCGCAUUGUAAUAGGAAGUUGAUAGGUGCAAGAUACUACAAUGCCCCACUGAUGUCAAGCGGCAACCAGAGUCAGGAAGCAAAAAGCAACGGCUCUCCAAGGGAUACCGUGGGGCAUGGAACGCACACGGCGUCCACUGCAGCAGGUGUGAGAGUAGCCAACGCCAGUUACUACGGCUUAGCCAAAGGGAUGGCAAGAGGCGGCUCUCCUUCUGCUAGGAUCGCGAGCUACAAAGCAUGCUCGCCCGAGGGCUGCUCGGGCGCCACCAUCUUGAAGGCGAUCGACGAUGCCAUCAAGGAUGGAGUUGACAUGAUCUCCAUUUCCAUUGGAAUGAACUCACUCUUCCAAUCUGAUUACCUGAAUGACCCGAUAGCCAUCGGAGCAUUCCACGCCGAGCAAAUGGGGGUCAUGGUCAUUUGCUCCGCAGGGAAUGAUGGACCGGAUGCUUACACUGUUGUCAACACUGCUCCGUGGGUAUUGACCGUUGCAGCUUCAAGUAUUGACAGAGAUUUUCAGUCAACAGUGCUGCUUGGAAAUGGGAAAGCCCUCAAAGGAUCUAGCAUUAAUUUCUCAAACCACUCGCGCUCAAAGGCAUAUCCACUUGUUUUCGGAAAGGACGUGACAGCCAAUUUUACUCCUGCAUCUGAAGCAAGAAACUGCUAUCCAGGAUCAUUGGAUCCUAAAAAGGUUGCAGGCAAGAUUGUUGUCUGCGCUAACGAUGACCCCUCUGUUACAAGACGAAUCAAGAAACUAGUUGUCGAAGACGCCAAGGCAAAAGGAAUGAUUUUGAUUGAUGAAGAUGAGAAAGGAGUUCCUUUUGAUUCAGGCGUUUUCUCAUUUGUAGAAGUUGGAAGUGUUGCAGGGUCUCAGAUUCUUCACUACCUAAAUUCUACCAAGAAGCCGACAGCAGCAAUCCUUCCAGCAGUCGAAGUUCUGAGAUAUAGACCCGCACCAGUUGUCGCCUAUUUUUCAUCGAGGGGUCCUGCACAGCUCACAGAAAAUAUUCUCAAGCCGGACAUAAUGGCUCCAGGGGUGGCCAUUUUAGCUGCUGUGAUUCCCAAGAGUAAUGAACCAGGGACUGCUCCAACCGGGAUGGAGCCAUCAGAUUUUGCCAUGAAAUCUGGAACAUCAAUGGCUUGUCCACAUGUAACAGGAGCGGCUGCAUUCGUUAAAUCAGUGCGCCGCAGAUGGACUUCUUCCAUGAUCAGAUCAUCUCUUAUGACAACAGCAACAGUAUACAACAACUUGAGAAAGCCUGUGACAAACAACUCGAAAUACAUAGCAAAUCCACACGAGACAGGAGUUGGAGAAAUAAACCCGAUCAAAGCUCUUAAUCCGGGCCUAGUCUUCGAGACAACCGUACAAAACUACCUUGAAUUCCUCUGUUACUAUGGCUAUUCAGAGAAGAACAUAAGAUCCAUGUCAAACACAAAGUUCAGUUGCCCAAAACUCCCGAUUGCACAACUAAUCUCCAAUGUUAACUAUCCAUCAAUCUCUAUUAGCAAGCUCAGUCGACACGAAGCCGCGCCUAAAGUCAUCAAAAGGACCGUAACAAAUGUAGGACCCUCCAACUCUACGUACAUCGCUAACGUUAAUUCUCCGAAGGGCUUGGUGGUGAAAGUUACACCGGAUAAGAUUGUGUUCAACAAGGUCCAGAAGAGGGUUCCUUUCCAGAUUUCAUUUUUUGGCAAGGAGGCUCCUAAAGGCUAUAAUUUUGGAUCUGUUACUUGGUUUGAUGGCCGCCAUUCUGUUCGUGUUGUAUUCAGUGUGAAUGUUGAAUGAUUUCGAAUUUGUGUCGAAGUAAAGAGAUAAAUUUGACACAAACAAAAAUAUAGAGAAACCUCAAAAUUUUCUUUUUUUUUUUC